AUGGUUUAACACUUGAAGCAAGUCUUGAUAUAUUAAAAACUGAAAUACGAAAUUUAAUUAGUGAUAAACGACGAUCUGUUAAUGAUUUAAUUAUAGCAGCACGUGUUUUACAAAGACAUAUAACUGAUCAAUUACAAUUACAAACAUUAAAACAACAAAUUGAUCGAUUAGAACAAAUACUUAAUAGAACAGAAGAACAUGAUGAAAAACGAAUUAAAAAGACUGAAAUAGUUCUUAAAAUGUUUCAUGAUUUUGAACAAGGUUUAGAAAAUCUUCGUUCAUGGAUGAUGGAUACUAUUGAAACAAAUUUACAAAAAUCAUUAUCAAUAAAUACAUUAAAUGAAAAUCAAUUACGUGAUCAUCAACAAUCUAUUAUUCUAUAUCAGUUCGCAAUGCAUUCAAUCGGAAUCGAAGGAGAUAUUGAAAAAGAUCCUACUAUUGUUAGUAGUGUUCUAGCACUUGGUCAUUAUUUAUUAAGUGAAAUUGAUAUUCGUUCACGAAAUAUUAAUUCAAUACCACGAACAAUUCAAUCAAUUGAACAACGUUGUACAUCAUUCAAAGAUUUAAUACGAAAAAGAAAAGUUGAAUUGGAUACACAACAUCUAUCAUGGAUAAAUGUUCAAGAUCCAAUAAAACGUGCAUCAAAAAUGAUUACUGAUCAUCAACGAUUUCUUAAUGAAGUUAAAAGAACAUGUGGACAAGGUUUACAAGGUCUUAAAAAUGAAUACAAAACUCUUGAGGUUUGAGAUUUCAAAAAUUUCUUUUUUUUUU